CUCUUCUCUUAUAUGUACACGAAGUAUGAAUUUAACGAAUGUAAAAGCCGACAUGAACCGAAGUUGUUAGUUAGAUUUCACCAGUCUGACAGUAGAUAACUUGCAUAUAUAGUGCCGUAAUUGCAACAGAUAAAAAAAUUUAAAUAUAAUAAUGGAAAAAGGGAUACCAUCACCACCACCACCACCACCUGGUUUCAUUCCACCCAUACCACCACCACCAUAUGGUGAAUUUCCUCCGCAAUCACAAUCACAACCACAAUCACAACCACAUAUCAUUGUCAUUGGAAAUACACAGUUUGGUUCAGAAUCACAACAAUUAACAUGUCCAUAUUGUCAUGCGCAAAUUAGUACAAGAGUUGAAACUGAAUCAAAUAUGAAAACUCAUUUAUUUGCAUUACUUCUUUGCGCUUUUGGAUUUUGGUGUUGUGUUCCUUGUCCUUACUGUAUUGACAGUUGUUUAUCUAAAAAACAUUACUGUCCAGCUUGUAAUGCAUAUUUAGGAGAAGCAAACAACUGAAAAUAAAUUUAAGA